AUGCCGACCACCUACCAACAAGAGCAGGAUCCGGCGGAUAAGCCAAGGCACCGCGAGUGCUCCCGUCGGGUAGGGGUGAAGCAGGUUGUCGGGGAACCCAGUGACAGUAAAGACUUGAGUGGCUUCACAUUCACCGUAGGCCUCGUCGGAAAGGAAAGGCGGGAACUAAAACCACCCACUCUCCACCAGCAGGUGACCCCAAGAAGCAAACCAACUCAUCUGGUCGGCGCCCGCCACCUCCUCCCGCGCGAGUCCCAGAGCCAGGUGGAAAAGUUUGGGGAGGAGUCCUCGGCCAGCCAGCAGGACAUUUUUUCAUUCUCCAGCCACUGCUCUCAGCGGCGCUCCAGCCACAGCCCCCAGCGCGUCCAGCACUCCCGGCCUCGCCGCCCGCCGCCCGCCGCCCGCCUUGCAGCCCCUGCGCCCGUGCGCUCCGCCUACGCUCGCCGCCGGGACGAGGAUGGAGAUGCGCCGCGCGAGCCUCGUGCCGCAGCUGCUGCUCUGCCUGGGUUUCCAUCUUCUACAAGCAGUUCUUGGUACCACCGUAAUUCCAUCGUGUAUCCGGGAGAAGCUGAAGAUAACUGCACAGCUUUAGUUCAGAUGGAAGACAAUCCACGUGUGGCUCAAGUGUCCAUCACAAAGUGUGGCUCUGACAUGAAUGGCUACUGUUUGCAUGGGCAAUGCAUUUACCUGGUGGACAUGAAUGAAAAUUACUGCAGGUGUGAAGUGGGCUACACUGGAGUCCGAUGUGAACAUUUCUUUCUAACCGUCCACCAACCCUUGAGCAAAGAAUAUGUGGCUUUGACUGUGAUUCUUAUCAUCUUGUUUCUUGUCAUAAUUGCCGGUUCCAUAUACUAUUUCUGCAGAUGGUAUAAAAAUCGAAAAAGUAAAGAAACAAAGAAGGAAUAUGAAAGGGUGACCUCCAGGGAUCCAGGGUUGCCACAAGUCUGAAUGGCGCCAUUUACCUAUGGGCAGGGAUGCAUAACUUGCCUGGUUAAUGGUUGAUUCCUAUUUUAUUAAUAAUAUUUAUAUUGGGUCACAUG